UUCAGUUUUAACCAUAAUACAGUGUCUGCAAACAGUUUGCACUUAGUUUGUUAAAACAGAACGGCUUUCUGUUUUGGUGAUUUAGAAGUGUACCUUUAUGUCUGAAAAAAAAACAUGCUUGGUAGGCUAGUUCAAUUUUUAAGAUGUUUUACUUAGAAGAUGAUAGUGAAGAUGAGAAGAUUCAUGAAGGCUCAGUUAAAACUGAAGAUGUUUACCAUGGAAAAGCCCCUUCUAGUAUCCUGUCUCAAACCAUGAAUUAUGUGGGACAACUGGCUGGGCAAGUGAUUGUCACAGUGAAGGAACUCUACAAGGGCAUUAACACAGCUACCUUGUCCGGGUGCAUUGAUGUCAUUGUGGUGCGACAGCAGGAUGGCACCUAUCAGUGUUCACCUUUUCACGUUAGGUUCGGGAAGCUGGGAGUCCUGAGAUCCAAAGAAAAAGUGAUUGAUAUAGAAAUCAAUGGUGAUGCAGUGGAUCUGCAUAUGAAAUUGGGUGACAAUGGAGAAGCUUUCUUUGUGGAAGAGACUGAAGAGGAAUAUGAAAAACUUCCUGCUUACCUUGCCACCUCACCAAUUCCUACAGAAGAUCAGUUCUUUAAAGAUAUUGACACCCCUUUGGUGAAAGCAGGUGGAAAUGAAAGGCCAUCUCAGAGUUCAGACAUCUCACACAUUUUGGAAACAGAGGUAGUUUUCACCCCAAGUUCUGUGAAAAAGAAAAAACGAAGAAGAAAGAAAUGCAAACAGGAUAGUAAGAAGGAAGACCAGACCACUUCCCCUACUGCAGAAGAUACUGUGAAUGUGGACCUGAGCUCUGAUGAUGACAAGGGACUGCAGUCAGCAAGAGGAUCUUCAAAUGCCUCCUUAAAGGAAGAAGAAUGUAAAGAGCCUUUGCUCUUCCAUUCUGGGGAUCACUAUCCCUUAUCUGAUGGAGACUGGUCCCCUUUAGACAAUGCCUAUACCCCAACAGCAUGUCCUAAGAGUGAUUCAGAGCUGGAGGUAAAACCUACUGAGGGCCUGCUCAGAUCUGAGUCACAUAUGGAAUGGACAUGGGGCGGGUUCCCAGAAUCCACCAAGAUCAGCAAAAGGGAGAGAUCUGACCAUCCUAGAAGAGCUACGAUUACACCAUCAGAAAAUACCCAUUUUCGGGUAAUUCCCACUGAGGAUCGCCUCCUAAGUGAAGUUGAGAAGGAUGCUUCCAUGGAAGAAACAGUCUGUACCAUAGUGAAACCCAAGCCCAGAGCCCUGUGUAAGCAGAUGAGCAAUCCAACUCCCACCACAGAGCCUCUCCACCCUCCCCUGGGGCCUCCUCAGAUUUCAUCUAUGUUAGAUGCAGACCACCUUCCUAUGUCACUGGUGGAGUCACCAUUGGAAUCAAAACCAGCAGCUAAAGUAGACUCACCAUCAAAGAAGAAAGGUGUCCAUAAGAGAAGCCAGCACCAGGGACCUGAUGAUAUUUACCUAGAUGACUUAAAGGCUCUAGAACCUGAAGUUGCAGCUCUUUAUUUCCCCAAAAGUGAUUCGGACCCUGGCUCGAGGCAGUGGCCAGAGUCUGACACGUUUUCUGGCUCCCAGUCCCCGCAGUCUGUGGGAAGUGCAGCUGCUGAUAGUGGCACCGAGUGCCUCUCCGAUUCUGCCAUGGACUUGCCUGAUGUCACCCUCUCCCUUUGUGGGGGCCUCAGUGAGAAUGGAGAAAUUUCUAAAGAAAAAUUCAUGGAACAUCUCAUUACUUACCAUGAAUUUGCAGAAAACCCUGGACUUAUAGACAAUCCUAACCUUGUAAUACGGAUAUAUAACCGUUACUAUAACUGGGCCCUGGCUGCUCCUAUGAUCCUUAGCUUGCAAGUAUUCCAGAAGAGUUUGCCUAAGGCCACUGUUGAGUCUUGGGUUAAAGAUAAAAUGCCAAAGAAAUCCGGUCGCUGGUGGUUUUGGCGUAAGAGAGAAAGCAUGACAAAACAGCUACCAGAGGCCAAGGAAGAGGGGAAAUCUGAGAUGCCACCGACCAGUGACCUGCCAUCAAGCACAAAGGAGCCAGCCAGUGGCAGGCCGGCUGAGGAUGACUCAUCCAGUGAUGAGGGGUCACAGGAGCUUGAAGAAUCAAUCAAAGUGGACCCUGUUGCCACAGACCCCACAAGCCACAGCACUGCAACCUCAUAUAAGAAGUCUCUUCGACUCUCCUCCGACCAGAUUGCAAAACUGAAGCUCCAAGAUGGUCCAAAUGAUGUUGUGUUUAGUAUUACAACUCAGUAUCAAGGGACCUGCCGUUGUGCAGGGACCAUUUACCUGUGGAACUGGAACGACAAGAUUAUCAUUUCUGAUAUUGAUGGAACAAUAACCAAAUCUGAUGCUUUGGGACAGAUUCUUCCACAGCUGGGUAAAGACUGGACUCAUCAGGGGAUAGCAAAGCUCUACCAUUCCAUCAAUGAGAAUGGCUACAAGUUUUUAUACUGCUCUGCCCGUGCCAUCGGCAUGGCUGACAUGACGCGUGGCUACCUGCACUGGGUCAAUGACAAGGGCACAAUCUUGCCCCGUGGCCCUCUAAUGCUGUCUCCCAGCAGCUUGUUCUCCGCCUUCCACAGGGAAGUGAUAGAAAAGAAGCCAGAGAAGUUCAAAAUUGAGUGUCUAAAUGAUAUCAAGAAUCUGUUUGCCCCAUCCAAGCAGCCCUUCUAUGCUGCCUUUGGAAACCGUCCAAAUGAUGUCUAUGCUUACACACAAGUUGGAGUUCCAGACUGCAGAAUAUUCACCGUGAACCCCAAGGGUGAAUUAAUACAAGAAAGGACCAAAGGAAACAAGUCAUCGUAUCAUAGACUGAGCGAGCUCGUGGAACACGUGUUCCCACUUCUUGAUAAGGAACAGAAUUCUGCCUUUCCGUGCCCGGAGUUCAGCUCCUUCUGCUACUGGCGAGAGCCAAUCCCCAAAGUGGACCUGUAUGAUCUGGCCUGAGGCAGCACCUCCACAGUGAGGUCCUCAAAGCCCCUUGUAGCAAAGGAAGGUAACUGGCACUUCUGCUGGACAGAGGACACUGGGCUACCCUCCAAGCCACGGGUACAGGACCAGACACGUGUUGACAGCCAGCACCAGCUUUCUGGAGCAGGAACGGGGCACCCUCCUGGACCUGGAACUGACGUUCUCCCCUUUCCUGGGCUCUACAGGCUCUGCAGCUCAGUGCCUGGGAGAAAAGUGUGGGAGCUCUGACCUGAAGUUGGAGGCCCUGGGCUCCUGUCACUGUUGGUCCUCGCACACUCUGUUGAGUUGUGUGCUGGGUGCUCCUUUAUUGAAUAAUUUAAAAGGAAGAAAAAAGAAGCUAAAUAAGAGUGGACCCAAAACAUUGCACAAAGUAAAGUUAUAAUUUCCACUGGGCAGUUAAGAGUGUCUCUCUCUAAAAGCAGGGCUUUCUUCAAGGGAUCAGGGUCUGCUGAACUGCUCUACACAGUUAAUGAUAUGGGUUCAGACUGCCUGUGCUCAUUUCUCUGUUGUCUCCUCCUCCUCUGCUACACUUUCCAGGACUGCUGCUUGCCUGGGCCGGCCUGACAAGGGCCCCCAGUGCCACUGAGCCUGACCCCACAAAUGUGGGCUUCUGAGGAACAGUGGCCACUUAGAUCAAUGCCUUCUUGUCUGACUACUCCAUGAUGAGAUACCCUUAAGUUCUUUUUUGGACCUAGCUAGAAACAGAUCUUGCAGGAUACAUGUGGUAUUAGUAAGGACAGUACUAAUAUUAGGUAGGCGUUGGUUAAACAGAAAACAAUGCUGUUUGCAGGGAUGCUUUGGAAAUGCGGGUGUACAGUUGGGUCCAGGAAGAGUCCUUUUCUCAGUCCUCCCUGCAGCUCACUGACCCAGGCUGGUUGUGAUGAGCGCCUGUGGUCGUGUCCCAUCAGACCCUCCAGAGUUGUGAGCGGUCAGGCUGUUGACAGUCCUUCUCAUUAGUGAAAUGAGGGAGGCACCAGAAAUGAUCAGACACAAGCCUGUGUCGGUGAGAAGGUAGUGAACAGGGUUCCAGAACGAGUGGGCGCUACAGGUACAGAUUCAAGCUCAGGUGGUUCCACUGCCCCCUGUUUGUGUGGAGGGCUCAUCUUGAUUGAGUGUGUUCCCCAAAGUAAAACUUAUCUAGAGAUGGAGGAAGUGGGGGUGGGUAUUUUUCCAGAUUGGAGAGUUGAAAGUCCCUGGCUUAGUUCAGCCGUUGUUCUUGGUGCAGUUGGCUGCAGACACAGCAGGGAAGUCCUGGCACACGGUUCCCUGGCCGCGCCGCUGAGCCUGUGUUCUCAGAGGGACGCGUGCUUCCUGUAGCCCAAAGCUUUCCCCGGAGUAGUUCAAGGACUGAUGGUUUAAGGAGUUUAUGGGUUAGGGAUGCCACUCUAUUUAUGUGACGUCCUGCCCAGUUAGUGAAUCCUUGGGAGCAGCUGGUCAUGCAGGUACCUCAUCCCGUUGUUGCUGUCAGCACUUCUUCGUGGCUGUGUUUGCUUUUGAAGAACGUGGGCUUUCCAUGCUUAGCCCGAAUGUCAUCGGGCUUCUUUGCCUAAGUGCAGCACAGAAAACCUUAGGAGCCUUCUGUUGUCCCUUUUUGGUGGUCCUUUAAAGAGUUUUUGCUAGACAGUUUCUUUUUCUUGAUAAGCGCUUCUCUCUGAACACAUGGGUCUUAGAGGGACCAACCUGGGAACCCAAGUCCCCUGUGCCUGUGUCGAGGGUGACUGUCCCUGUCCCCAUGUCCAUAAACCCUAGCCUUUGUCAUUUUUGUUACUGCAGAUGGAUCCAGUGGGUACAAUGCUAAUUAAUGUGAGUCUUUUUCCUUAUUUAAAGGAGUCUCUCUUGCUGAAAGUAGAUGAUUACUAUUAACUAUAGUGUUAUGAAAGUAUUAGGUUUGUGCUGAAAAUCCAUUGCCAUUUGGUACAAAUGACAUUUGUUCUUUCUGUGAAAGAGAGAUGCCCUCGAGUGUGUGUGUACACAGACCCUCACAAUGGUGGGUUAUGAAGAAGUGUUGCCUCGCGCUGUUGGCGGCAGAUGGGAUCUUGGAUAGUUAUGGUUCUUCUCGGUGGUUCCACUGCUGAAAUGGCAAUGAUCCCUGCCCCUCUUUCCACUUCACCCUGACUUGAGCAUUUGCCUCGAUAUCUGCAUGUUGAGGUUCAAAGGCUGUGGUGGCGACAGCCUCACCAGCGGGCCAGGCGUGUACACUUAGCCCGUGUGAGCACUGUCUGCUGCGCUUGAGCGCCUCCGCGUGGUUUUCAACCGGAAAAAGAAGAGCACCCUCGUCUGAGGCCUGACUUGAGCUGCCAGCUGUCAGGGAGGAGCUGAGCAACGGCAGCCGGCGGGAGGGCGGGAGGCGCAGCGCCGGCGCGCACACCUUCUGAUCAUGUUCUUGACAGGUAGAGAGGAAACACUUUGUCUUAUUGCAAGUAGGCAAAAACGGAUGCUUCCAGGGAGUUUUAUCAUGUUUCCAAUUGUCAUAAUAUUUACUCUGGGAAGCGUUGUUUUCCCCUAUUUCAGAGCAUGUUGCGUUUGAUGAAGCUGGUUAAAAAAUUGAGUGUUUAAAGUGGUGCUCUUUCCAGGUGAAAACUGCUUUUUUGGUUUGUUUUGAAGGUAAAAGGAGGGGAAAACUUUGCUCUUUUAAUUUAAGAAUUACAUGCAGUCUAUGAUGAAGUAUAUGAUUAUUAGCAAUGCCACUAAAUUUUUAAGUUGUAAGAAAUUAAUUGUAAACAUCAUCAGUCCAGUCCUUUGAGUUAUGGCACAGACCGUUGUCUUAAGAUGACUGACUCAUUUUGGUGCAGUGUUUGAUGUUCAAAAAAAAGGUUACAACAAUAAACAAACAUAAAAGGGUGCAUUUGACUCUUUCCUUCAAAAGACAUUUAAAGCAAAUCUUCUCUCGACUCCUGCCAGACGUUGGAUAAUUUUCAUAAAUUAACAUUUUGAUCUUUGCUGGCACUUAAAUUCAUCUGUAGGAAGGACUUCUUUGUAGUGCUUAUGUUUGUAAAACCUGACUCCAAAAGCUAGGCUAUGCCAGGGGAACUAACCUCUCCCUUUGUAGGUUCUGCCAGGGAAUGAGUCACUCAUACAUAUGUAAUUUCUGGUGUAUUCUCACAGGCCUCUAGUCCUGCUCUGUGCCCUUCUCACUGUUCAUUAAACUCUUCCUCAGGGUGAAAACUACUCAGAAGAAUCAAAAAUGAUCUUGGAUCAAAAACCAUAUCCCACAGGUUAUAUGACUAAGUAUCUCUUUAUGCCCCCACACUCUAGUUCCACAAGAUGGGCAUGUGCGAACUGUAUCAGUGCCGAAAGUUCUCCUUGACAAUGUGCCUUCUGCUGUGGAAAGCUUUCGUUUCAUGAUUCUUCCCCAUGACACGAUGGCUGGGUGAGAGCUCAGACGGGUUCCUUAGGAAGGAAAUGAUUCCCGAGGAUUCUGGCUCAGCCAGCUUCCUCCUGCCACCUUGGAGUUGCGCGUCUCCUUUCCCUUUCCUCCCCAUUGAGGAGCUGAUACGGGUAUGUUUGUAAAGUGGGUGUGGAUGUGUGCAAAGCAGUGUUUUACAUCUGCAAGCAAAGAUAUGGUUAUGCCUUUGGUCACAAAUACUUGCACUUCUUUCAAACUGUAAAUUGGGAGAAACCAUUCAAAAGAUUGCCUCACUGAGAAAGCUAGAUGAACGUGCUAAUUGUGGGAGUAAUUUCAGAUGCAAUUGACAUUCUUUACUACCGGUAUUGUACUGUUCAUUAUGUAAAUGAGGCCAUUUGCUACUCUUCCAAGUGGGGAAAAUGUCCCAUUCCUGGCGCUCUUGACGUGAACCCUGAGCUAAACUGACCUUGCCUGUUCUCUGUGCAAGAGCACUGCCUGCCUGCAAACCAUGCCAGCGCCAAGGUAGGCUGUGGCCUGGCUUUCAUCCUAUCUGGAGUCAGCACAGGAACCUGCUGUGAUUAGACUUACUCUACUCUGCCUGUCUUGGCUAAAGAGCUGAAAGUCAACUUUUUCGGUAAAUGAGUCCUCAAGAUGCACUGAGAGAGAACCAUCGGGAGGAAUUAAAAAGCCACUAUCUUCUGUCUGGUUCCAGCGUUUCUGACUGUUGAGCAUUUGUUCCCUUGGCACUGAGUGAGGUCUUUAAACAAGGGUGUGAGGGUGAGUGGGUGAGGGCACGUGCCAACUGGGUUUCCUGAAAAUGCUCUAGUGCACUAGGGCUUUUUAUGAGUCAUUUCUAGAACUGCCUACAAUAUGGUGCCAGCCACCAUCAGCCAGUUCCCAGCUGGAGAAGUGAGGUACUACUGCCAUUCCCUGCUCACUGAAACAACAAAUCUUCCAUUCUUGAUCUCUUCUCCCUAGCUGGAGAGGGGACAAGAAAGCUCUGACGUGCCCAACAGCCCCUCUAGUCCUCAUUUGCAAGCAGACCUGGAAACUUCAGAUGUUUGCAGCAUGAGAGUAUCUGGCAGCUUCACUCAAGUCAAGGGAGCUUGUUUCUGCUGUCUACAUCUUCCCCGAAGCUCUGGGCCAGGACUUGCCUUCCUGGUGGCACUGGAGUGGCCAGCAGUUUUAUCAAGCUGAUGUGAAAGGAACACCUUGAAGCCAUGGCUGUGAACGAGGAACGUGUCAGGCACCUCGGAACAAGAACAUACUCUGUGAGCUGCGUCCUUCUCUUACAUGAUCUCGGCUGCCAAUGUGUGAUCGGUUUUGUGUUAGUUUUCUUGUUGCCUGGGAACUGGAGACUUCUUUGAGCUGCUGUGAGCUGUGCAGCGAGCCAUCUCAUGCCCUUGGACAGCUGCUAUGAAGUAAGUUUUUAGCACGCCCCAGAGAAACCCCUCUUAGCUGCAGGAUCACAUGGAGCCUUGAUCUUCAAAUACAUCUGCUAUGUCCUCACAAGCCCAAAACAACCCAAAUGUACAACUUGAGACCUUCAGGGUAACAGGUCGAAUAAUUUAUUCAAGCAGCCAUUAAAAAAAGGUAACCAUCUUUCUGCUAUUUGCUUUUUAGUCAUAAAGCACCAGACUUGAGUUACUCCAAGAUUUGGACACUGGAAGGUUUUAAAUCUUUAUUGAUGCUCCCUGUCUUUGCACAUCAAUUGUACAUGUCAUUCAAGGAGCCCAGACAGCCACAGUUUCACAUCUCCACACAGGCCCAAGGUCUGUGUGGCAGCACGUGCACUGGAGCACUUCAGUGUUUAAACUUUUCUCCUUUGUGCAGUUAAAUACAAAGACAGCGGACAACAGUUCUGCCCUCCAAUGAAGACUAGCCACAGGCACCACAUUUCGCCAGCCUGCCCUCCUCUCAGACCUGCAGCCUGGCGCUCUUCCCCAGCAGCAGGAUGUGGUCGCGUGGCCCUGUGGAAAGCAGCGUAAAGCACCCUGUGCGCCCUGCCCAGGUCUCAGAGCAGUACUCAGACCCCCAGGUUGGGAGGGAGUCUAGCUGGCAGGGGCAAUUCCAGUUCUCCGGUCAGAGUGACAGCAUCAGUGGCCACAUGUUUCACUUCGCUCUGAGGAGACUCUAAGGUGCGCUGGCCUCAGCCACCAAGCAAGGCCUCUAUCUUGGGGGAGGUGGUGGGAGGUCUGCAAAAACUAGACCAGUGCUCCAGUUACUUACAUUAACUGAAUAUAUUAAAUAAAGCUUUGAGUUCUCGCAGCUCUCGCCUGCUGCCCUAGAGGUGGGGAAGGGAAGGAUAUAGGAAAACCCCACUGAAUGUGGAGUACAUCUCAUCAAAGUCGGUGUGAGCCAGCCUGCCCCCAGUCACCACGAUGUUGACACUGUCUCCUGCCUUCAAGUGCACAAUCAGGUGGAAGGCCCCUGGGCCCCCACAAGUGUGCAAAGCUCCUUGGGGCCGGUGGUACUCCAGAAAUUCUCUCUUGUAGCCGGCGGUGUGCAGCUGGGCCACGCUGGCAUUGGAGACCGAAAGGACGGCUUCCACAUACGCGUCUCUCUCAGGAGUGAGGGUCGCUGUGAUCAGGUAGCGCCCGUCAAAGGGGGCCGUGAAGAUCCCUGGAGGAGGAAGCAGACACUCAGGUAGGUAGUGCUGUCACAGCCCUUCACAAGGCCCACCUCGGCUUACAGGGACUGCCCUGGUUUUAGCGCUCAAAGUCCUGGGAAUGCCUAGAGAGGUCACCCUACCUGGAUACUGCCCUUUUAUAUGGUACCCCUCUCAUGCCAGCACACACCGCAAGCCCCCAGGGUUUCACUGUAAUGAGAUUCACCUCACAGCCACAGCCCUGGGAACAAGGUGUCUCUUUGUACACGGCCCAUGGAGAGAACUACUGGAUGAGACAUUCCUAGCUACUAGAUCUAUUGUAAUACCGUGGGCUUGAGGCCCAGCUCUGCUUCUACCUCACCUAAGUUUAAUGGGAGAGCAGCAGCCAGACUCUAGGGAGCUUUCUCCAUCGUUAAAGGCAUCCAAGGCCAACAAAAGUCAGGCUCAUGGUUGCUGGACUUAAUGUCCAUGAAACACCUGUCCUGCCUGAAGAGGCAGAGCCAAAAUAAUAUCAAGCUGUCACUAAUCCAAGAAGAGAAGAUGGCAGCAAACAGUCCCGGGAGGUCCCAACCCGCCCUCUGUGUUGGGCCAUAUACAGCUGAGAUCCAGUCAGGGCUAUACGCUGCCAGUCACUGAGCCAGUGUCCCACAGGUCUGGACCUGAGGCGGAGGGCAGUGGGGAGACUGUGAGGAAGCAGAGGUAAGAUGUAGAUAUGUGCUGUCUAUAGCAGAGCAGCUGGAGGGCACAGAGAUGCUGCCCGUGGCUCUGGGGAGCAUGCUAGGCAUGAGCUGUUAACAAGCAGCUGGAAUAGAGGGCCCGGGAGGGUGACAGCAUCUGAGUCCUGGACCUGCAGCGUGCCCCCCAGAAACUGCCAGCUCUGAAUAGUGAUAGAAAGCUCCUGGGGGAUUCGUGGGGCACCUGGGCCCUGAGAACAGAUCCAUCCCAAAAGCACAGUGCUUUUAUCUCUGCUGCGACUGCCUGGGGGGACACCCUGCUCAGCUUUACCCAGAAUUUCCUUUAUCAAGGCCUGGCAGGAAGGGUGCGCAUGAAAGAAAUGUAGGUCACCCAAAGGUCACCCAACUAGAGGACUAGACAAGUCAUCCCACCACCAAGCAGCACUGAGAGAGGCUUGCAGAAAGCUGUGCUGGAGCUGAAAACAGGUGCGGCUCACACCGCCUGCCUCUGCACCUGAGAGCAGGGAGGAUGACUGGAGCCCCGUAUUCCCACCCCUGCAGGUGACUUGUGCGCAUGCUUAACCACUGUCCUAGGAACAGGUGGGAUUGAGCCAGAUGGUGACCAGACAGGCCAAACUUCCCAAGGAAUUCAAAAUCCCAUCUCUGGUGGGAGGAGGCCAUGGCUAGGCCAUGUCUAGCCUGGUGGGAAGGCAGAAGCCUGCCCCACAGGCCCCGGGGUCACUUCUGUGCCCACUACCCUCAGCAGGCAUCCACUUAACUGGCUCUGUUCUAAUGAAACCAGGAGCUUGGGAAGGAGGUGGAACAUGGAUGGUCUUGUCCCAAGUGUUCCGAU